GCGGCAGGCGUGCUCGCACAGAGCCAUGGUUGAUUUCCGCCGGUCCGUCUUCAGUCUGAGUGGCUGGAUCCUUUUGCUGCUGCUGCUGCACCUGCUGAAUCUGCCUUUGCAGGUAAUUGCUAUGCUAGGAUUACACUCCUGCGCCCCUGAUGAAUACUGGUCUAAGCACUUCUGCUGCAAGUCCUGUCCUGCAGGUAUGUUCGUCCACGAGCCCUGCACGAUCCCCCAUACACAAGGACAGUGUGAGACUUGUCACCCAGGAUCGUUCACGGAAAGAGAUAAUGGCCUGGAUGAUUGUAUGCGUUGCUCCACCUGUGAUAAAAACCAGGAAAUGGUGGCCGACUGCUCUGCCACCAGUGACCGGAAAUGCCAGUGCCAAACACGUCAUUACUACUCUGACCCAGAAUCUCCAGAAUCGUGCCGCCAAUGUACCAAGUGUCCCCAAGGAAUCCCUGUCCUCCAGGAAUGCAACUCCACAGCUAACACAGUGUGCAGCCUGUCUGCUUCAAAUCACAGAGACCGGCAGCUCCUACUGUUACCAUCUCUGAGCGUACUAAUUUUUGCCAUUGUUGUCUACUAUAUCCUAUGAAGAUAAGGGUUCUACAGAUGUCGUCUUAGCUAUCAUUUUAUUGCUGUGAAGAGACACCAUGGAGGCAAUCUUUUAUUAUUAUUAUUAUUAUUAUUAUUAUUAUUAUGUCUUAAACUUGAUUUGGCCUCAAACUCACAGAGAUCCGGACUAAGGUAACUCUAAUAAACGAAAGCAUUUCAUUGGGACUGGCUUACAGUUUCAGAGGUUCUGUCCAUUACUGUCAUAGUGGGGAGCAUGGCAGACAUGAUGCUGGAGAAG